AUGCGGUGCAUCUUGGAGUCCAUAUAUUCAAACCGCCACUAUUGCGACACGCCGACCAGGUUUACUAAAACCCAUAUUAUCUCAGAGGAGGUUUGCGCGCCGAGGCAAGAGGCAGAGAGCAGAGAGACAUGCUGUACACGUAUAAUAUGUGUGUGUGGCAUUUGGUGGAGAGCACGGCAGCUCGUGGAUAAGCAGGGAUAUUUCCCUUCCUCCAGGGACCCCAGGGUCAUGUUUGCGCAGCCAAGGCAGAGUGCCGCUCCUCCGCUGGCCCCCGUCGCCGCCGGCAACAAUGAAGCGUGCCCCGCUCCGCCAUCACGGUCUCCGCCAUCUUCGAGCGCGUUGGCCGACAGCGGCGGUAGUAGCCGCCGCUGCCGCCGCACCAGCAACGGAAGACGGAGCAGCAGCAGCAGCAGCAUAUCGCCUUUCUUUCUCGUCGGUACGACCCUUGCGUCGGUGCUGGCGGCGUGCGGCGUGCUCGUCAUGCAUCGGGCGGGGGUAGACGCUCAGCCGGAAAAGUACAUGAGCGGGGCGCGGUGGAAGAACUUCCUAAGCUCUGGUGUCAGCGGCGACACCUGGUUCACCCGCUGGAACUCCAUGGCACAGCCGCGGAUAGACAAAGUCGCCGCUCUCGCCGAGGCCGAGAGGAAUGGGGGCGACGCGAGUAGCAGCGGCGGCGGUGGUACCCAGCAGCCGUUUCGCGUGGCCAUGGUCGGGGACAGCACGAUGAUGCAGCAGCACGGGGUCAUCUGCGCGUUCCUCGCGGAGCGGGCGGGCAGCCUGUUCGAUGCGGCGGGUCACCAAGACGAGUGCUGCAUCGACACCUUGCCGCGAGAACCCGCAGAAGAGGGCGGGGACGCCAACGACCACGGAACGCCGGCUCUCGAUCUAGGUAACCACACGGCCAAUGGUGGCGGGCGAGGGGUGUGCUUCCGACACUCGUUCCAGAAGUUCUUGGAGCCGCCGCAGUGGGCAUCGCUAGGCUCUCCGGACGCCGUUUAUUUUGGCAGGGGCCUUCACUUGUUGCCCAUGGAUAACAUGGAAGGGGAGCGGGCCCAAGCGUGGCUGACCUACGAGCGGGAUCUGGAGAACGCUGUCGAGACGUAUCGGGCGGCAGGCGGGGCCGGAUUCAGGCUUGUCUUCACGACUUCCCACACCAUUCAGGACAGCGUGUAUCAAGGGUUGUUUCGGGAGAUGGUCGACGCCUACCGGGACGGCGACAUGGGGGUCAUCUCAAAGUGCGAGGGCCAGGUCCGGAGGGGGUACGGGGUGGAUGCUUACUGCAGGCUCGGGCUGAUGGACCGUAACGGCUCGGAGGUUCUCAACAGGCGAUCAAGGCCGGUGAUGUCCAGGCUAGGGGUUCCAUUCGUGGAGGGCGACCUCAUCGUGAAAGAUCAGGAGUGGGCGACCCCGAAAUCGGACGGGCGGCAUUAUCACAUGCUCGUCCCCGUGGAGGUGUGGGAGUUUCUAGGCGUGCUGAUCUCUCCGUAUGUGGGCGAGCCUACAACGGCGCACCCCUAAGGCCGGCAGUUUUGUUAUCGGCGCGACAGCAUUGAUUGUGUGUCAGAGACAUUUACAAGCCUCGGUGAUUCCAUCACUAGCGUAGGCAGCACUACGUAUCGGGCUUGUGUGUUUGUCGCGAGGGGUGUGCGACGAAGCCACCCAUCUGUAUCCAUCCGUGGACACAAGGCCAGGACAAACUCGAAAACGUGAGGGUAUUCCACGUUAAAUUGUCUUUUUUAUGAUUGUUUCACUUCGGUAUUUUGGUGAUUUUCGUUUGUUUCUUUGUACUGGCACUCCUUCUCUCCGAGGGGAAUUUGGAGUCCUCCCGGCUUUACUUUUAGCUACAGUAGGUGACGCGUUUUCAACGUUGACGUUUGGUUGUAGAAUGAUAGCUGUUUCCACCUUUGACCUCCGCCCCCUCUCCUGUAGUUUAUCUGAUUCGUACAGCAGAGAAGAUAGCAACCUUGUGCCUACACUUAGGUUCCACUUCAACCUCAUCAUGGAGCCCUCUCCGUAGCCACUAGAGACGGCUCGAUGAAGGACUGACUGUGUCGUUACGCCCUCUCGGUCCGAGCGAAGCGAGGUUCGUUCUGGUCCUUUCGUGGACCCCCACCCUCUAGGUGCGGUGACAUGCCCCCUGGGUCUCGGUCUGUACGCAUGUCGUGGACGUCCGUGGAGGACAACACGAAGAUAUUUUUGCAUUGUCCUAUUCGCCGUGUUUUUUUUUUGUCCCUUGCCUUGCCGACUGGCCCAAUAUUGGGGACUCCAAGUUCUUGUUUUGAGAGGCCUCCUGCUUGUGCUGCCCAUGCACAGAUGGUUGGUUGCGAUGGAACCAGGGGGGGCACCGCUUCUGUGGUUGUUCGCGUGCGCGGUCUCGUGGCGAUUCAUUUUGUACCGGUUGAGAACGGUACCUUUGUCAUUCGUGUGUCUCUGGCUGCCGUUGUGAGACCUAGGGGGCACUCGAAGCCUCUGUGCACGAAGUGUCAGUGGAUGAUUUUUCCUUGUUUUGUCUUUUUCUUUUUGUCCGGGCGCCUCCCUUGCUUCCACGCCGAGAAAAAAAAGGGCCAAGCCUAGAACGUUAAGAGCAGGAGGUAUAUUGAAGACCCCUAAACACACAUGCAGACUCUUGCGGCCGCUGUGUCGAUCGAUUUCAAGCUUCGAGGAACGUCGUUCGAACUUUCAUCGUGGGAAAAAUAGAUGAGUGAACGGUCUAUUGAAGUGGUGUGUUACUAUCAGCGCUUGGAUACGGUGGAUACGAUGUCAGAGCGUUCGCCUUGCAGAUUGGAUUCGAAGUGACGUCUUAUCUUGAGUAGGCCCGCUGUUGUUUUUUCUUCCUGAAUGGUCACAGGAAUUUGCCAAUAGAAGCCCGUAGAGCGCAUCGCAACGGCCGUCUGUGCGUCCUGGCCUCCGUCACACUCGGUCGGUCGGGAACCCAACAGCCUCCCGAGGGUACUUGGUAGCUUCCGUCAUUUUUUUUGUGUGUUUGUCAUGCUACUCCUAACUAAAAGUGUUUUUAUUUUAUUUUUGUUUUGGUGAACGUGGCUCAACAAUACAACAAUAAGGGACUGGGUGAUAAGAGAAAGCACGUGGCGGCGCAAUCAAUCUCGCGUCGGGCUGAGCCCCGUUCUCUGCGACGAGCUAGCUUACCGCAGGUGCUCGCAGAGGAAGCGAGAAGCGAGCCUAGGUCUUACGUAAGUUCUGGAUUGCGGGGCGCAAGCGCCGCCGCCGUUGUGCGCGUGCUGUUUGCUACGUACGCACUUCGACGACACGACCCUCUGGACGAUGGUGAGAUGUAAGCCCUGUAGGUUGCCGUUGUUGCUGGCUGACCCCAGGCGGGCCAGCUUUGUUUAUUGCUGGCGACAUGAGCG